CCUCUGCGAGCUGUAGCUGUGCUGCUAUUGGUGGGCUUCAUCUGGGUGUUAGCCAGCUCCAUCCUCGGAGGGGACAGCAACUCAGUGGUCAAACACUUAUUUAGUGGUAAGAUUAAGACAAUUCUACUGUCUGAUAUCUAGCUGCCACAAUAGUACAGUGCAUUCGGAAAGUAUUCAGACCCCUUGACUUUUACCAGAUUUUGUUUACGUUACCGCCUUAUUCUAAAAUGGAUUAAAUAAAUAAAACAUCUCAUAAAUCUACACACAAUACCACAUAAUGAGAAAGUGAAAACUGUUUUUUUGUGUGCACAUUUAUUACAAAUAAAAAAAGACUUAUUUACAUACAUAUUCACACCCUUUGCUAUGAGACUCGAAAUUGAGCUCAGGUGCAUCCUGUUUCCAUUGAUCAUUGUUGAGGUGUUUCUACAACUUGAUUGGAAUCCACCUUUGGUAAAUUCAAUUAAUUGGACAUGAUUUGGAAAGGCACACACCUGUCUAUAUAAGGUCCCACAGUUGACUGUGCACGUCAGAGCAAAAACCAAGCCAUGAGGUCGAAGGAAUUGUCCGUAGAGCUCCGAAACAGGAUUGGGUCGAGGCACAGAUCUGUGGAAGGGUACCACAAUAAUUCUGCAGCAUUGAAGGUCCCCAAGAACACAGUGGCCUCCAUCAUUCUUAAAUGGCAGAAGUUUGCAACCACCAAGACUCUUCCUAGAGCUGGCCACCCGGCCAAACUGAGCAAUCGGGGGAGAAGGGCCUUGGUCAGGGAGGUGACCAAGAAUCCGAUGGUCACUCUGACAGAGCUCCAGAGUUCCUCUAUGGAGAUGGGAGAACCUUCCAGAAGGACAACCAUCUCUGCAGCACUUCACCAAUCAGGCCUUUAUGGUAGUGGCCAGACGGAAACCACUCCUCAGUAAAAGGCACAUGACAGCCCGCUUGGAGUUUGCCAAAAGGCACCUAAAGGACUCUCAGACCAUGAGAAACAAGAUUCUCUGGUCUGAUGAAACCAAGAUUGAGCUCAUUGGCCUGAAUGCCAAAUGUCACGUCUGGAGGAAACCUGGCACCAUCCCUACAGUGAAGAAUGGUGGUGGCAGCAUCAUGUUGUGAGGAUGUUUUUCAGCGGCAGGGACUGGGAGACUAGUCAGGAUCGAGGGAAAGAUGAACGGAGCAAAGUACAGAGAGAUCCUUGAUGAAAACCUGCUCCAGUGCGCUCAGGACCUCAGACUGGGGCGAAGGACAAUGACCCUAAGCACACAGCCAAGACAAUGCAGGAGUGGCUUCGGGACAAGUCUCCGAAUGUCCUUGUGUGGCCCAGCCAGAGCCCGGACUUGAACCCGAUCUAACAUCUCUGGAGAGACCUGAAAAUAGCUGUGCAGCGACGCUCCCCAUCCAACCUUGACAGAACUUUUAAAGGAUCGGCAGAGAGGUAUGGGAGAAACUUCCCAAAUACAGGUAUGCCAAGCUUGUAGAGUCAUAGCCAAGAAGACUCUAGGCUGUAGUCGUUGCCAAAGGUGCUUCAACAAAGUACUGAGUAACGGGUCUGAAUACUUAUGUAAAUGUGAUAAAUCCAUUUUUAUUUUUUAUACAUUUUCAAAAAUGUAUAAAAAUCUGUCUUUGCGUUGUCAUCAUGGGUAUUGCAUGUAGAUUGAUAAGGGAAAAAACUAUUUAAUCCAUUUUAGAAUAAGGCUGUGACAUAACAAAAUGUGGAAAAAGUCAAGGGGUCUGAAUACUUUCCGAAUGCACUGUAUGUAAUGGGGAAUUGAUACACAGCAAACAACGCACACAAUUAAGUUAUGAAACAAUGAAUACACACCAAAUGGCAGGAGAGAGCGCAUUCUGGAGAGAGACUUGCCUUGUGCAUCUGAGCCACACUCCUUUUUCUUGGACCGUGGCCUCCCUGCGGCCUCCUUAAUGGAUUAGUCCACUGAGACAGGCGCGAAUCAGACAGGUGUCUUGUGUGCCAUGAAUUUUUUUAAAUCUGUUUGCGAGUGCUUUAAUAAAAAAGUAUUGGUCGACCAAACAAUCAACCAGUCGACUAAACGAGGUCAGCCCUAGUUGACAAUAUAGCUAUCCCACGUUCUUCCACAAACAAAGCACAGCUAGCUAAGUAAAGUUCAUAGUCAACACCAAACUUUGGGAAACUGCCACGCUGCUAAUGUAUAAGACAUGCAAUGGUCAAUACUCAUCUAAUGUUAAUGUUGGCUAAUGUUACUCCAUACACUAGUCAAUCUGGCAUGCUUAGCAAUGUAGCUAGCUAACGAUACAGCCCUUACCUUAUGCAUUGAUUAAGUACACUCCCUCUGUCAAUGCAAUUUUCUUAAUGUCAUUAUUAUCAAAAUUUGUGCAGACUGAUUAAUAGUGUCAAGAUACUUUUCAGUGUAUUCCUGAAAACCUGAAGUCGCCAUCCAAGUAAAAAGUAGCCAGGGGGUGUUGGUGCACCCAGAUUAAACACACCAAGGUUAAACAACGCCAACAUCAUUGCUUGCUUGCGCGACCUUUGACUUAACUGAUGAAUCCCAGUUCCUGCUGUUUCACGUUGAUGAGAGCACUAGGGUAUGGAGAAAACCACAUUAGUACAUGCAUUCAUCAUGCCACGUGUCAACAUUGCAGGCUGGUGAUGAUGGUGUGUGGUGUGUUUUCAUGGCACACAUUGGGUCCUUUGAUAGAAGUGGAGCAACGUUUGAAUUCCACAGAAUAUCUUAACAUCAUUGCCAAUCAGGUGCAUCCCUUCGUGGCAGCAGUGUAUCCAUCUGCUAAUGAAUUUUUCAGCAGGAUAAUGCCCCUUGCCACGAGGCUAGUAUUGUCCAGGAAUGGUUCCUCGAACAUCAAUCCAAUUGAGCAUCUGUGGGAUGAGAUGGAAUGAGCUAUUCAGAGUAGAGAUCCACUACCAGCCAACUUGACACAACUGUGGGAAGCGUUGGAGUCAACAUGUGCCAGCAUCUCUGUGGAACGCUUUCGACACAUUGUAAAGUCCAUGCCCUGACGAAUUGAGACUGGCCCCGUGUAGCUCAGUUGGUAGAGCAUGGCGCUUGCAACGCCAGGGUUGUGGGUUCGUUUCCCACGGGGGGCCAGUAUGAAAAUGUAUGCACUCACUAACUGUAAGUCGCUCUGGAUAAGAGUGUCUGCUAAAUUACUAAAAUGUAAAAUGUUCUGUGGGCAAAAGGGGGUGCAACUCAAUAAUAGGAAGGUGUUCCUAAUGUUUUGUAUGCUCAUAUAUAUUAAUUAUUUUAAUAGCAGGACACUGUAAAGUCCAUUAUUCCACUGAAGAGUAUGAAUUAGGCUGUUUGAGACGGUUUGAAUUCUAAGCAACCUGCAUACACAUUGUUUGAAGUACAAUAGACCAAAAAUUGCUAAUGUAGUAGCUCAAAGCUGUGUGCUGAAAAACAGUAGAGCUUGGAUGGAGUAGAAUUGUAGUGCUAAUGUGAAUUUCCUUUCUUGCAAGUUGCUUGGGAUUCAAACCUUUUCAAACAGCCGAAUUCAUACCCUUCAGUGGAAUAAUGGACUUUACAGUGUCCUGCUAUUAAAAUAAUUUAUAUACAGUACCAGUCAAAAGGUUGGACACACCUACUCAUUCCAGGGUUUUUCGUAAUGUUUACUAUUUUCUACAUUGUAGAAUAAUAUUGAAGACAUCAAAACUAUGAAAUAACACAUAUGGAAUCAUGUAGUAACCAAAAAAGUUUAAAAAAUCAAAAUAUAUUUUAUAUUUGAGAUUCUUCAAAGUAGCCACCUUUUUCCUUGAUGACAGCUUUGCACACUCUUGGCAUUCUCUCAACCAGCUUCAUGAGGUAGUCACCUGGAAUGCAUUUUAAUUUACAGGUGUGCCUUGUUAAAAUGUAAUUUGUGGAAUUUCUUUCCUUAAUGUGUUUGAGCCAAUCAGUUGUGUUUUGACAAGGUAGAGGUGGUAUACAGAAGAUAGCCCUAUUUGGUAAAAGACCAAGUCCAUAUUAUGGCAAGAACAGCUCAAAUAAGCAAAGAGUAACGACAUUCCAUCAUUGCUUUUAAGACAUGAAGGUCAGUCAAUCCGGAAAAUUUGAAGAACUUUGAAAGUUUCUUCAAGUGCAGUCGUAAAAACCAUCAAUCGCUAUGAUGAAACUGGCUCUCAAGUUCAUUAGAGUUACCAGCCUCAGAAAUUGCAGCCCAAGUAAAAGCUUCACAGAGUUCAAGUAACAGACAUAUCUCAACAUUAACUGUUCAGAGGAGACUGCGUGAAUCAGGCCUUCAUGGUCGAAUUGCUGCAAAGAAACCACUACUAAAGGACACCAAUAAGUAGAAGAGACUUGCUUGGGCCAAGAAACACGAGCAAUGGACAUUAGAUUUUUGGUUCAAACCGCCGUGUCUUUGUGAGUCGUGGAGUAGGUGAACGGAUGAUCUCCACGUGUGUGGUUCCCACCGUGAAGCAUGGAGGAGGAGGUGUGAUGGUGUGGGGAUGCUUUACUGGUGACACUGUCUGUGAUUAAUUUAGAAUUCAAGGCACAAUUAACCAGCAUGGCUACCACAGCAUUCUGCAGCGAUACACCAUCCUAUCUGGUUUGCGCUUAGUGGGACUAUCAUUUGUUUUUCAACAGGACAGUGACCCAAAACACAACUCCAGGCUGUGUAAGGGCUAUUUGACCAAGAAGGAGAUUGAUGUAGCGCUGCAUCAGAUGGUUUGGGAUGAGUUGGACCGCAGAGUGAAGGAAAAGUAGCCAACAAGUGCUCAGCAUAUGUGGGAACUCCUUCAAGACUGUUGGAAAAGCAUUCCUCAUGAAGCUGGUUGAGAGAAUGCCAAGGAUGUGCAAAGCUGUCAUCAAGGCAAUGGGUGGCUACUUUGAAGAAUAUCAAAUCUAAAAUAUAUUUUGAUUUGUAAAACACUUCUUUGGUUACUACAUGAUUGCAUAUGUGUUAUUUCAUAGUUUAUGUCUUCACUAUUAUUCUACAAUGUAAAAAAUAAUAAAAAAUAAAGAAGAACCCUUGAAUGAGUAGGUGUGUCCAAACUUUUGACCUAAUCUCUGUACCCCACACACACAAUGCUGUAAAGUCCCUCAGUCGAGCAGUGAAUUUCAACCACAAAGACCAGGGAGGUUUUCCAAUUCCUCCCUUUGAGCAUGGUGAGGUUAUGAAUUACCCAUUUGGAUGGUGUAUAAUACACCCUGUCACUACAAAGAUACAGGCAUCCUUCCUAACUCAGUUGCCGGAGAGGAAGGAAACCGCUCAGGGAUUUCACCAUGAGGCCAAUGGCUGGUAUGUGGCAAGUUAAGACCAUUAUUUACAGUGGCAGUCACAAAAGCAUUGUCCUUUGGAACCUAACCAUUUCAACGUCAGUGGGACAGUGCUAAUUGAUGUCCCUCAGUUGAGCAACAUAUUCCCCGCUUGGGUACGCUUUCAUUCUAUUGUGCUAGCUACAUGGCUAUGCUACUUUCAAAGAUCUCUGUUAACGUUACAUGUAAUUGUUAGCUAGCUAUAGCAGCUGUGUUUGAGCUGUCAUUUCUGGGAGAUGAUAACUAAUGAAUGCAUGGAUGAUGUGGGGAUCUUUGGAAUGGAUACAAUAAGGUUUUAGCUUAAUUCCCGUGGCUUUAAAUGGGAUAUGAAAAAUGUAUGCACUCACUAACUGUAAGUCGCUCUGGAUAAGAGCGUCUGCUAAAUGACUAAAAUGUAAAUGUGCUAAUUUGUGUUUGUCCUCUCCUCUUGCAGAGCCCAAACCACGCAGGUACAAGUGUGGUCUGUCGGCUCCCUGUCCUCAGAAACAUCUGGCCUUCCGCGUCGUCUCUGGAGCUGCCAACGUCAUUGGGCCUAAGAUCUGCCUGGAGGAUAAGAUGUGAGAAUUAUUGUAAAUCAUUGGGGCCGUCCCAAUUCUUACACCAAUGUAUGGAACGUCACCGCCAACCAUCUCACUCUCUCCCCCUGCCUCUCUGUUUCCUUUUAAUUCUCAUAUCACUCUCUUUCUGCCAUAAUCUCAUUUUAACCCUAAAAUUUGUCUGAAGAGCUGAAUGCAAGUAUUUCUCUCUGUCUUUCUUGCUUUCCUUCAAGAUGGCCCAAACCAGAUCUGUUUGGGCCAUCUUGCCAACUCCUAUGAAAAAUGACCAAAGGGGUGGUUUUGUCGGUAGCAUCACCCCUUCUGUCUGCCUGUCAUUCUGUCUGUCUAUGGUGGCUCCUUCAGUGUCGGUGUGUAACAAUGUAUAGAUGAACUCUUCAGGGGUUAGUUUCCUGAAAGCUUAGUAGCUCUAAGCUCAUCUUUCGUCUACUGCCUACAAUGGGUUUAUGAUGGGCUUUUGGGAAAUUUGACCAGUAAGUUAGUACGUUAAACAGCCCAGGUAAAGUGUUGGUACUUAUGGUUCCCCCAACCUCUCCUUUUCUUCUCCCUCAGCCUUGUCAGCCGUGUCAACAACAAUGUUGGUAGAGGACUAAACGUUGCUUUAGUAAAUGGUAAUUAGAACAAUCUCUGACAAUUCUUGAUAGUUAUGUUUCAUAAGUACAUUUGUGCAGUUGUGAUUUUGACUUGACUGUUGCACAGAUUGCUAACUUUAAAUGAAUUGAUGUUUCUGCUCAUCAGGGGUAUGUGGAGAGCUCUUGGACACAAUCAUUUGAUACGUGGGCAGGAGGUGAGAGGAUUAAACAAGUUUAUACUGAUGUGCUGUUGUCAUUUGAUGCAUGCCUAAUGCACUUCUUUUUUAAAGGUGCGUUGAUGGCCAAAUUCGUUCUAUUUGAAUGAAUUAUGUAUAAAAUAAACAAUAUCUUCUAUAUUUUCAUUAUACAAGAGGUUAAAAGUAGCUUGACGCCCCUCUACAUAUUGUUCAGUUAAAUACAGGUGCUUUAAUAGGCUACAUCCUCCCCGUCUCAGAUGUUACUGACCUGUUGAAGUAUCUCCUGCCUUUACAAGAGGGAACACUUGUGUUUGUAGCUUCCUUUGAUGAUCCUGCACAAAGUAAGAGUCUAGCAUGUUCUCUCUCUCUCCCCCCCCCCCCCCCCCCCUCCCUCCCUCCCUCCCUCCCUUACCCCGAAGACACACAUGGAAGCCUCUUCACUCUGAGAACGGUUAAUGUUGUACUGUUGAUAGUUAUCUCCCCUCCCCCUGAUUAUAGAGUUGUUAUUGUGUAGUUUCAGCCCCCUGGACAGUACUAAGUGAGCCUCAGUCCCGUGCAAUGCUUUCAGCGCUGUGUGGUUAUAAUAUUAUGCUUUGUGGUGCAUGACUCACACACACAAUACUAUAGGGGUUGUUUUACAGUCACCACAAUCUUGUAAAAUGCUUAACAGAACCAAAUUACCAUUGACAUAACUUGUAAAUCUACCAGUCUAUUUCUUACCACUGUAAACAUUUCUAAGACAAUGUUAUGUGUGGUGUCAAACUAUACAAAAAUUGUAUAUAGUACUGUAAGGUUAAAUGGACAUUCAUCUAGCUAUCCUACUUUACUGUAACGGUCUGUCUCCCUCUCCUAACACCUGUGUCAGGUUAAAUGACGAGGCUCGUCAUCUGUUUGAGGAGCUGGGUAGCACAGCAGUGAAGGAGCUCACCUUCAGAGACAGCUGGGUGUUUGUAGGAGCCAAGGGCAUCGAGAACAAGAGCCCAUUCGAACAGGUAGACUACCUUUACUUUAAGCCUAAAUUAUACCGUUCGAACACAACGCAAGAGCGCAAAGCAAAAUGGCGAUCCUGCUUAGUUGCGUCAAGUUUAUAAUUGGAUGUGCUUAUACAUAUACAGUGAGGGAAAAAAGUAUUUGAUCCCCUGCUAAUUUUGUACGUUUGCCCACUGACAAAGAAAUGAUCAGUCUAUCAUUUUAAUGGUAGGUUUAUUUGAACAGUGAGACAGAAUAACAACAACAAAAUCCAGAAAAACGCAUGUCAAAAAUGUUAUAAAUUGAUUUGCAUUUUAAUGAGGGAAAUAAGUAUUUGACCCCCUCUCAAUCAGAAAGAUUUCUGGCUCCCAGGUGUAUUUUAUACAGGUAACGAGCUGAGAUUAGGAGCACACUCUUAAAGGGAGUGCUCCUAAUCUCAGCUUGUUACCUGUAUAAAAGACACCUGUCCACAGAAGCAAUCAAUCAAUCAGAUUCCAAACUCUCCACCAUGGCCAAGACCAAAGAGCUCUCCAAGGAUGUCAGGGACAAGAUUGUAGAUCUACACAAGGCUGGAAUGGGCUACAAGACCAUCGCCAAGCAGCUUGGUGAGAAGGUGACAACAGUUGGUGCGAUUAUUCGCAAAUGGAAGAAACACAAAAGAACUGUCAAUCUCCCUCGGCCUGGGGCUCCAUGCAAGAUCUCACCUCGUGGAGUUGCAAUGAUCAUGAGAACGGUGAGGAAUCAGCCCAGAACUACACGGGAGGAUCUUGUCAAUGAUCUCAAGGCAGCUGGGACCAUAGUCACCAAGAAAACAAUUGGUAACACACUACGCCGUGAAGGACUGAAAUCCUGCAGCGCCCGCAAGGUCCCCCUGCUCAAGAAAGCACAUAUACAGGCCCGUCUGACGUUUGCCAAUGAACAUCUGAAUGAUUCAGAGGAGAACUGGGUGAAAGUGUUGUGGUCAGAUGAGACCAAAAUGGAGCUCUUUGGCAUCAACUCAACUAGCCGUGUUUGGAGGAGGAGGAAUGCUGCCUAUGACCCCAAGAACACCAUCCCCACCGUCAAACAUGGAGGUGGAAACAUUAUGCUUUGGGGGUGUUUUUCUGCUAAGGGGACAGGACAACUUCACCGCAUCAAAGGGACGAUGGACGGGGCCAUGUACCGUCAAAUAUUGGGUGAGAACCUCCUUCCCUCAGCCAGGGCAUUGAAAAUGGGUCGUGAUCGGUAUUCCAGCAUGACAAUGACCCAAAACACACGGCCAAGGCAACAAAGGAGUGGCUCAAGAAGAAGCACAUUAAGGUCCUGGAGUGGCCUAGCCAGUCUCCAGACCUUAAUCCCAUUGAAAAUCUGUGGAGGGAGCUGAAGGUUCGAGUUGCCAAACGUCAGCCUCGAAACCUUAAUGACUUGGAGAAGAUCUGCAAAGAGGAGUGGGACAAAAUCCCUCCUGAGAUGUGUGCAAACCUGGUGGCCAACUACAAGAAACGUCUGACCUCUGUGAUUGCCAACAAGGGUUUUGCCACCAAGUACUAAGUCAUGUUUUGCAGAGGGGUCAAAUACUUAUUUCCCUCAUUAAAAUGCAAAUCAAUUUAUAACAUUUUUGACAUGCGUUUUUCUGGAUUAUUUUGUUGGUAUUCUGUCUCUCACUGUUCAAAUAAACCUACCAUUAAAAUUAUAGACUGAUCAUUUAUUUGUCAGUGGGCAAACGUACAAAAUCAGCAGGGGAUCAAAUACUUUUUUCCCUCACUGUACAUAUGUGCAUGAGAUAAGAAGGAUAUGUGACCUCUGUGAAGCAUCUGUUCUCCUCAUAGCUCUGCUCGUAGCUCUGUCCAUAUUAUAGCUACACUAUGUGUUAUAUACACUGCUCAAAAAAAUAAAGGGAACACUUAAACAACACAAUGUAACUCCAAGUCAAUCACACUUCUGUGAAAUCAAACCGUCCACUUAGGAAGCAACACUGAUUGAUAAAUUGCACAUGCUGUUGUGCAAAUGGAAUAGACAACAGGUGGAAAUUAUAGGCAAUUAGCAAGACACCCCCAAUAAAGGACUGGUUUUGCAGGUGGUGACCACAGACCACUUCUCAGUUCCUAUGCUUCCUGGCUGAUGUUUUGGUCACAUUUGAAUGCUGGCGGUGCUUUCACUCUAGUGGUAGCAUGAGACGGAGUCUACAACCCUCACAAGUGGCUCAGGUAUUGCAGCUCAUCCAGGAUGGCACAUCAAUGCGAGCUGUGGCAAGAAGGUUUGCUGUGUCUGUCAGCGUAGUGUCCAGAGCAUGGAGGCGCUACCAGGAGACAGGCCAGUACAUCAGGAGACGUGGAGGAGGCCGUAGGAGGGCAACAACCCAGCAGCAGGACUGCUACCUCCGCCUUUGUGCAAGGAGGAGCAGGAGGAGCACUGCCAGAGCCCUGCAAAAUGACCUCCAGCAGGCCACAAAUGUGCAUGUGUCUGCUCAAACGGUCAGAAACAGACUCCAUGAGGGUGGUAUGAGGGCCCGAAGUCCACAGGUGGGGGUUGUGCUUACAGCCCAACACCGUGCAGGACGUUUGGCAUUUGCCAGAGAACACCAAGAUUGGCAAAUUCGCCACUGGCGCCCUGUGCUCUUCACAGAUGAAAGCAGGUUCACACUGAGCACAUGUGACAGACGUGACAGAGUCUGGAGACGCCGUGGAGAACGUUCUGCUGCCUGCAACAUCCUCCAGCAUGACCGGUUUGGCGGUGGGUCAGUCAUGGUGUGGGGUGGCAUUUAUUUGGGGGGCGCACAGCCCUCCAUGUCCUCGCCAGAGGUAGCCUGACUGCCAUUAGGUACCGAGAUGAGAUCCUCAGACCCCUUGUGAGACCAUAUGCUGGUGCGGUUGGCCCUGGGUUCCUCCUAAUGCAAGACAAUGCUAGACCUCAUGUGGCUGGAGUGUGUCAGCAGUUCCUGCAAGAGGAAGGCAUUGAUGCUAUGGACUGGCCCGCCCGUUCCCCAGACCUGAAUCCAAUUGAGCACAUCUGGGACAUCAUGUCUCGCUCCAUCCACCAACGCCACGUUGCACCACAGACUGUCCAGGAGUUGGCGGAUGCUUUAGUCCAGGUCUGGGAGGAGAUCCCUCAGGAGACCAUCCGCCACCUCAUCAGGAGCAUGCCCAGGCGUUGUAGGGAGGUCAUACAGGCACGUGGAGGCCACACACACUACUGAGCCUCAUUUUGACUUGUUUUAAGGACAUUACAUCAAAGUUGGAUCAGCCUGUAGUGUGGUUUUCCACUUUAAUUUUGAGGGUGACUCCAAAUCCAGACCUCCAUGGGUUGAUAAAUUUGAUUUCCAUUGAUAAUUUGUGUGAUUUUGUUGUCAGCACAUUCAACUAUGUAAAGAAAAAAGUAUUUAAUAAGAUUAUUUCAUUCAUUCAGAUCUAGGAUGUGUUAUUUUAGUGUUCCCUUUUAUUUUUUUGAGCAGUGUAUCUAUGGCUCUGUCAGUGUGUUUGUUCUGUAAAGCCUAAUGUUCUUGCCCUCUCUGUCUGUGUCUGUCUCUCGCUCUCACCCCCCCCCCCCCCCCCCCCCCCCCCCCCCGUAUGAAAAACAGUAAGAACAGUAACAAGUACGAAGGCUGGCCUGGGUCUCUGGAAAUGGACGGCUGUAUCCCCCUCCGCUCCCCUUCAGAGAGU